CCCAUGGAUCCCACGUCCAUGGGCUGGGUCGAGGUACCGCAUAUUGAACCCAGUACUGAUCCACGUCAGCACCUAACAUCAUGGCAACCCUUGAUCAAAUCCUCAUAGAUUUAGACUCUGAGUCAGAAACUGAGGACCUAGUUUUAUUGUAUUCGUUAUCUAGAAAAAGGAAAAAAAGUAAAAGAAGUGCUUACUUAGGUGCGCGAAGUACUCGAGGGGAGUUUUUGUUAACUGAGGAAGUUCCAGACAACGUUUUUAGUGGUUGUUUCCGCCUCAACAGAAUGCAGUUUGACGAAGUGCAUAAAUUAAUAAAAAGCGACAUUACAGGGAGAGAAUGCAACGCUCAAAAACCGAUGAGGAGUGAGGAAAAAUUGGCCGUAUGCCUCAGGUACCUGGCAACUGGGGAUAUGUUCAAAACUAUUGCUGCGAGUUAUAGAAUGGGAGAAAGGACCGUGUCAAACAUAGUUUCUCAAGUAUGCGACGCACUGUGGCUUCGUUUGCAGCCUAUCUAUAUGCCUACACCAUCUAAAGAACUGUGGGAAGAUGUAUCCCUACAGUUUGAAAGGAAGUGGCAACUGUACAACUGCGUUGGGGCAAUUGACGGGAAACACAUCUGCAUUCGAAAACCAAUUCACAGUGGCUCUUCAUUCUAUAAUUACAAACAAUAUUUUUCCGUUGUUUUAAUGGCCACUGUAGAUGCUCACUAUCGUUUCACGACCAUUGACGUAGGGUCCAUGGGUAGAUUUAGUGAUGGGAACGUUUUCUUUAAUUCCCGUUUAGGAACUAUGUUGCACAAUGGAUCUCUGGAAUUGCCUGACUCCAAACCAUUACCUGGUCAAAAUGAAGUUACUCCUUACGUGUUCGUCGGGGAUGAAGCGUUCCCACUUAUGCCGAAUUUGAUGCGCCCAUAUCCUAAACUCAGAGUAACUAACAAUUUUGCAAAUAAAGUGUUUAACUACAGAUUAUCUCGAGGCCGGCAAACUGUAGAAUGCAGUUUCGGAAUUUUAUCAACACGAUUUCGCGUGUACAAAAGGCCUUUUGAAUGUAAGUUAGAGACUAUCGAUAAAAUUAUAAAGGCUACGACCGUGCUUCACAAUUAUUUAAGAACGAAGGUCGUACAAUCGAACUCAGUGGAAGAAGACGACGAACUUAUGACCACUCACAGUGACUCUAAUUUAGUUCCUCUACAGCAAAAUCGUAUUAGAGGUUCAAGACAAGCAUUUUUAAUUCGAGAAAAAUUCAAAGAUUGUUUCAGUAGCGCACAAGGUUCUGUUGAGUGGCAACGUAGAGCAGUUGAGAAUGGGCACUAUUGACCUUAUAACAUCACAAGCUACCCAAGUUUGGGUGCAAAUAUCAGGCGUACUUAGUUUGUUACUCUUCUCUUACGUUGUAGAUGUUUGCUAACGUAAAGCUGAGGUGAUUUAUGUUUUUUUGUUUCUCUCAAUUAAUAUUUUAAUUAAUUCUUUAAUAAUAAAUAAAAAUAAAACAGUAUCAAAACUUACCGUCUGAACCGAGUUCAGCGCCAAUUUCAUCCCAUACUUCAUCCUUCAA